UUGUUACAAAAUGAUUGAUGAAUCUGACCAGGUCUUAUUGUUUAAACUCAAAUCUUUUACGGAAACGGUUGGUACAGAAUCGACGUAAGAUUAUAUCCGGGAUUCACCCCAUCAACGUUAGCAGUCCAAUCAGGGCCAUGAUCGUUAUCCCAACAACACCACCACCAAAGUCGGAGCUUAACAACGACCUUAAUGGAUGCGAUCUCCCCACGCUGAGAACUGAUGCUAUCUUUCAUCACAGCCAUUCACCAGGCCUCUGGCACAUCAAUCAUGUUUGCACCGAAGCUGAUAGCCAUCUGAUCUCCCAACCGACUCCACAAGGGACAUCAAUGAGGACUCCCAUGCACCCAUACUCGCCAUCUUUUCAGGAGGGACGGUUAUAUAAGCGCCAAGCCAUGGAGAAGGCUACGGAGGCCAAACUCCACGUCAUCUAAUCCACCGCCGUCCAUCCUCAGAAAACCAUCUCAACAUCCUUCCGAACUUCCCCGUCUUCCUCCUCCAAAUCUCCAACCAAUCUCCUCCUCCUCCAAAUCUCUUAUAUCUUCUUCGUUUUCGCAACAAGAUCAUGGCUACCUUGGGUAGCUUGAGCUCUUUGUUUGAGAACCCGAUGCCUGAGAACCCGACGCUGUUUGAUCCUCUGUCAUCAUGGAACCAAACCAAGCCCAAGAAACCGGGCGAAAACUCGUCCUUCACGGAGAUCUUCGGUGAGCUCCACUUCCAAGAGAAGCCUGCACCGACCUCCGAGGAAAAGAAUGGCAGAAAUGGCAGUACAUGUGAUCCCAAGAGCAAUGGCGGCUUCUUGGUGAAGAAUACCGAGUCCCUGCAGCUCUGCACCGAAGGGCUCGGCUCCGAGAGCUCGGGCGACGUCGAUGACUUGAUGAAGGAAGGUGGUGAUGAUUGGAGUGAUCUUGGGAAAGAGAAGGACACAGAAAGGCAGUCGCCGCAUGAUGGUGUGGAUGGCGGUUAUUCAAGAAGCUUGUCACAGGUGCGGUCGAGGGGCGGUGGGGGGUUCCCACCGCCGAUAUCAUCGAUCGGGAAGAGUGGCAAGCCAUGGAUCUCCUUCAAAUCUUAUAGGGAGGACGGGAGGUUUGUUCUGAGAGAGAUCAGGACCCCAACUCAUGACUUCUUGCAAGCCUCUCGGGAAGACGGGCGGUUGAAGCUGCACAUAGUCCACCCAGAAGAAGCCAUUUCAGAAGGAGAAGAAGGAGAACGUGAAGAAGAAGCAGAAGAGGUAGAAGAAGAAGAAGAAGAAGAAGAGAAGAAAAUAGCUGAUGAAGGGCACGGCGAUUAAUAAUAAUAGGCUUUUUGCUAGUUUAUGCCAUUUCUGAGGAAAAGUUUUACUUUCAUCCUUUCAAAGGAAAAAGAAAAAAAAGAAAUAAGCAAAAAACAAAAAAAAUAUCAAAAAAAAUAACGAAGAGAAAUUAGUCAUGAGAAAUAAGGGCUUUUACUCUUUCAUGUAUUUAAGUGAAUAAAUUAUAGGUUCGGGUUCUUGCUUCUUAAGAGACAUACAAAGCCUCAGGUUCGCAUGGUGGUGAACAGCAUGUCUGUAGAAGGUAAAAUUGGUAUAAGAGCUUCUCUGUUGGUCAUGUGCAAAAUUUACAGUUGUAAAAAAUUCAGCAUCUUAUACAUCACCCUUGAAAACUAUUUGAUGCUAGUCAUUCCUUGGUUUUACAAGCCUUCCUGAUUAGAUCGAUGUACAAGUAUUU